AUGUCCCGAUGCUCGCUCGACGCGGACAACGUCUUCGGGCCUGUGGUUGUUCAUGCCUGCCGCGAUGGAUUUGACUUCACCCUUCUCUUUGAACAAUCCAUUUUCGGCCUGAUUCCGGCGGUCGCGUUCCUCCUCGCGUCUCCCUUAAGAGUGAGACAACUGGCCAAGAAAGAUGUCCGAACAGAACGCAACGCGAUGAGGAUGGCAAAGCUGAUACUCGCUCUGGUCUUCGCCGCGAUGCAACUCGCCCUGCUUGUCUGCUGGGCGCGUAAUGAUCGUCCACGGACACAAGUCUCCGUGCCGUUCAGCACGAUCAAUCUGGUCGUGGCCUUGGAAAUUGUGGUUCUGUCGUGGAUGGAAGAUGAGCGAUCGGCUCGGCCGUCAUCAAUUCUUAAUAUUUAUCUCCUCCUGACAUUGCUGUUUGACAUUGCACAAGCGAGGACGCUGUGGCUAUCUCACACCAACAAUCUCAUCCCCGUCUUGUUCACAGCAAGUGUUGCAGCAAAGGCUGCCAUGCUCUUAUUGGAAGCCUUAGAGAAGCGGAGGUAUCUCACAAGCAAGUAUCAAGAUCUGCCACCUGAGUCCACAAGUGGAAUCGUGAACCGGUCUUUCAUGUGGUGGCUAAACCGUCUUUUUCUAGAUGGGUUCCAGUCACUUCUGACCAUGUCGGACCUGUAUGUUCUGGAUAAGCGCCUGGAGUCCGUCGGAAUCGCCAAGAAGGCACAAAAAGCCUGGAUUCGACGGAAGAGGCCCGAACGACGGUUAGAGUUCCCAUGGCAGAUGUGUCGGGCUCUUUGGUGGCCUCUGGCAUCCGCCAUAUUUCCUCGACUGUGUCUAAUUGGCUUCACCUUUGCGCAGCCCUUUUUGAUCACAGCCAUUCUGGACUGGCUUAAUGAUCCGCACAGUGCAGAAAAUAAAGGCUAUGGCUUGAUCGGGGCAACAACUCUGGUAUACCUGGGCCUGGCCAUGUCCACACUACACUAUAACCAUACGUUGUAUCGCUUUGUUACUAUGUUUCGAGGAGCCGCUUCGUCGCUGAUCUAUGAGCGUGCGCUACACAUUCCAGACGGCGAGCUGGAGGAUCGGUCGGCGACAAUCACCCUUAUGACAACCGACAUUGAUCGGAUUACUGGUUGCCUGGUUAAUCUGAACGAGUGUUGGGCUCGUGUGGUGGAGGUCGCUAUCGGUAUCACUUUACUGGCCCUCCGGAUGGGAUGGGUCUGCCUAAUGCCACUGUUUAUUGUCUUCGUAUCGAGUCUAGGAAGCACUUACAUAUCGAAAAACAUUGGAAGCCAACAAAAGGUGUGGGUGGACGCGGUUCAGCAGCGCAUCGCAAUCACCAGUUCAAUGCUUAGUGGGAUUCAAACUAUCAAGAGAAUGGGAUUGAGUAAGACUUUCAUGACGCUUAUUCAGGCGAAACGCGUCCAGGAGACGCAGCGUAUGGCCGGCUUUCGGUGGAGCAUCGUGUGGCAGAACAUGAUCCAAAACCUACCGUGGGCACUGGCACCGGCUCUUACAUUCGCGGUCUACGCUGCUCAAGGACAGACACUGGAUACUACCAAGGCCUUUAGUAGUCUGUCAAUUAUCCUUCUUCUCACGGAUCCAGCCGCCAAGCUGCUGAGUGCUAUCCCUUCGACGGCAGCUGCUGUGGGAUGCUUUGAUAGAAUCCAGGCAUUUCUUGUAAUUUCGACCGAGGAGCACACCCAGGGGAUCUCAUCUGAUACUGCGGAUCAUGCCCAAGCUUUCAAUCUUGCAAAGUCUGAAAUCUUGGAACCUCUACCAUUGAAUAGCCUCGAGAGGGAUGAUUCAACAUCACCUGCUAUUAUCAUGGAAAAUGUGAGCAUCUGUCCCGUGGCAUCAGCAAAGCCUGUGCUGUACAACGUUUCCCUCAAGGUUCCUCGAGGAGCUUUGGCCAUGAUCCGUGGGCCGGUGGGAUCAGGCAAAUCCACGCUGCUUCGAGCUAUACUCGGCCAAGCUUUGUGCGAGACGGGGGUUGUUACAGUGAACACCCCAUAUCCUGCAUAUUGUGCACAGACACCAUGGCUUCCAAACAGCACCAUUCGCGAAGCAAUCUGUGGGGCAGUCCAGGAAAACGUAACAGGAGAUCAUGAUAUGGACUUAGAGUGGUACGAUGCCGUUCUCCAUGCCUGUGCGCUAACUCCAGACUUGGCACUUUUCCCAGAGGGGGAUGCUAUGCAAAUCGGCAGUGGGUCCGGUUCUAUGUUGAGUGGAGGCCAGAUGCAUCGGGUUGCUCUUGCUCGGGCGGUAUACGCCCGGAGGAACGUUGUGCUGUUGGAUGAUGUGUUCAGGGCCCUGGAUCGGAAAACAAAAGGUACUGUAGUGGAGCGUUUGUUAGGGACAGAUGGCCUCCUGCGAAGGUUGAACUCGACUAUCAUCCUGGUGACUCAUGAUGUGGAAUAUCUCAGCUAUGCUGAUCAGGUCUUUGUCGUGGCUGACGGCAGUCUCCGGCAAGAAUAUUCCCAUGAUCGAAUCUCUCGCCAAAGGAUCCAUUCCGUGGAUGGGAUAGAUGACCUGAACAGGCCCAUAGCAUCCACUAUGAAGGAUAAAGCAACCGACGUCUCCAAAGGAAAUCAGAUCAGUGAUUUGACCAGAGCAACAGGAGACGUUUCACUCUACAAGUAUUAUCUAAGCUGCAUCGGCUGGUCAAACGCCAUGAUAUUUCUUCUCUUCGUCACUAUACAUGCUAAUAGGGCUAUCCUCGUGCUUAUCUCGCCGGCAACAGCACGCAGGCUGCACUAUACUGUAUUGAAGACUGUCAUGGAGGCAUCUCCACAUUUCCUUUCCACUACCGAUAGCGGUACGAUUUUGAAUCAUUUCAGUCAGGACAUGACCCUGAUUGAGAGUCAAUUGCCAAUUGACCUUUUCUCAUCCAUCGCCAGUGCUGCGCUGAUCGCAACCGGAUCAAGCUACAUGGCUAUAUCCGUACCCUUCCUCGUCCUCGCAGUCUUCAUUUUGCAGCAUUUCUACCUCCGAACAUCACGACAACUUCGACUCCUAGACCUUGAAAGCAAGAGUCCGCUAUACUCACACUUUCUCGACACAAUCAAAGGUCUUGCCAGUAUCCAAGCCUUUGGCUGGGAAGAAAGGUUUCGCGCGAAGAAUUUGAAGCUUUUGGACGUCUCCCAGCGACCGUAUUAUCUGCUUUUUUGUAUUCAGCGUUGGCUCACGCUGGCAUUGGAUCUUAUUGUGGCUUCGGAGGCAGUUGUGCUCGUUUGUUUGGCCGUCUUCUUGAGACACUCGACUAAUGUGGGGUUACUUGGUGUUUCACUUAAUAAUAUUCUGUCAUUUAACGCUAGUCUCUCGUCGCUGAUAUCAGGCUGGACUCAGCUGGAAAUAUCACUUGGGUCUAUCUCGCGUGUGAGGAAUUUUGAGAUGGAAGUUCCCCGCGAAGAGACGGUGCAGAAGAUGGAUCCUCCUGCCGAGUGGCCUCAACGGGGAGAAGUCCAAUUUGUAGGAGUGACGGCGCAGUACAGUUCCAAUGCCGUCGCCUUAAAGGACGUCUCUUUCCAGGCCUUCCCCGGCCAGAAAAUCGGUAUUUGCGGACGGACUGGGAGUGGGAAGAGUUCACUACUAGCCACACUACUAGGCAUUCUCGACAUCCCCAGCGGAUCAAUCAUCAUCGACAACAUUGACCUCGCCACCAUCUCCCGCGAGAAUGUCCGAGAGAAGAUCAUCACCAUCCCUCAAGACCCACUGAUUAUAGUGGGCGGCACUGUGCGAUUCAAUGCAGACCCAUCCGGUCAGCUUUCGGAUGCCGAUAUAAUUGCCGCAUUGGGCAAGGUUGGGAUCUGGAAAGGCGUGUUAGAAGAAAGAGGCGGACUCGAUGCCGAGAUAAAGGAUACUUUAUCCUUAUCCAUCGGCCAGCAGCAGCUACUCGAACUUGCCCGGGCGAUGCUGAAGCUUCAGGUCACGAAUGCGAAGAUUGUGCUGCUGGAUGAAGCAACAAGUGGCGUUGAUGGGGAGACGGACGCCAGAAUGCAGAGUAUUUUGCGGAAACAUCCAUUUAGCUCUUGCACGAUGAUCACGGUGGCGCAUAGGGUGAGUACGAUUAUGGAUUCCGAUGUGGUUAUUGUGAUGGAUAAAGGGCAGGUGGUAGAGAUGGAUGAUCCGGGGGUUCUUGCUGGUCGGAACGGUGGCGUCUUUGCCGACUUUUUGAAUACUCAACAUGGGUAG